GGCGGUCUCCGCAGGGACGAGCUCGGCGUGGGCCUGACGGCGCUGCGGCUGCUACGCCGGGGUGAGGGGACGCCGAGGGCCCCCAGCGCUCGAGGCCUGCGGCCCGGCCAGUCGCGUCUACGGAGAGAGAGCUGAUUCAGAAAACAUGGCUACUGCAAUUAGGGAUGUGGGAGUUUGGAGACAGACUAGAACACUUCUGCUGAAAAAUUACUUAAUUAAAUGCAGGACUAAAAAAAGUAGCGUUCAGGAAAUUCUUUUUCCUCUAUUUUUUUUAUUUUGGCUAAUAUUAAUUAGCAUGAUGCAUCCAAAUAAGAAAUAUGAAGAAGUAUCUGAUUUAGAACUUAGCCCCAUGGACAAGUCUAGCCUUUCUAACCUUAUUCUUGGAUAUGCUCCUGUGAAUAAUCUUACAAGCAGCAUCAUGCAGAGAGUAUCUUCUGAUCAUCUUCCCGAUGUUAUAAUUACUGAAGAAUAUGCAAACGAGAAAGAAAUGCUAGCAUCUAGUCUCUCUAAGUCAAGUAACUUUGUAGGUGUGGUUUUCAAAGACACCAUGUCCUAUGAACUUCGUUUUUUUCCUGAUAUGAUUCCAGUGUCUUCUAUUUAUAUGGAUUCAAGAGCUGGCUGUUCAAAAUCGUGUGAUGCUGCUCAGUACUGGUCCUCAGGGUUCACAGCUUUACAGGCCUCAAUAGAUGCUGCCAUUAUACAGUGGAAGACCAAUGUUUCCCUAUGGAAGGAGCUGGAGUCAACCAAAGCUGUUAUCAUGGGAGAAGCUGCCGUUGUAGAAAUAGACGCUUUUCCCCGAGGGGUCGUUUUAAUCUAUCUAGUCAUAGCAUUCUCACCUUUUGGGUACUUUUUGGCAAUUCACAUUGUAGCAGAAAAAGAAAAAAAACUAAAGGAAUUUUUAAAGAUAAUGGGACUUCAUGACACUGCUUUUUGGCUUUCCUGGGUUCUUCUGUAUACAAGUUUGAUUUUCCUCAUGUCACUUCUUAUGGCAGUCAUUGCUACAGCUUCUUCCUUAUUCCCUCAGAGUAGCAGCCUUGUGAUUUUUCUGCUGUUCUUCUUAUAUGGAUUAUCAUCUGUGUUUUUCGCUUUAAUGCUGACACCUCUUUUUAAAAAAUCUAAGCACGUGGGAGUAGCUGAGUUUUUUUUCACUGUGGCAUUUGGAUUUGUUGGCCUUUUGAUAGUCCUCGUGGAAAGCUUCCCCAAAUCUCUAGUGUGGCUCUUCAGUCCUUUCUGUCAGUGUACCUUUCUGAUCGGUAUCGCCCAGGUCAUGCAUCUAGAAGAUUUCAAUGAAGGGGCCUUAUUUUCUAAUCUGACUGAAGGCCCCUAUCCUCUAAUCAUUACUAUUAUCAUGCUUGCUCUUGACAGUGUAUUCUAUGUCCUCCUGGCUGUGUAUCUUGAUCAAGUCAUUCCAGGGGAAUUUGGCUUAAGGAGAUCAUCUUUAUACUUUCUAAAACCAUCAUAUUGGUCAAAAACCAAAAGAAAUUAUAAGGAGCUAUCAGAGGGCAACAUUAAUGGGAAUAUUAGUCUUAGUGAAAUUGUCGAGCCUGUUUCUUCAGAAUUCAUAGGAAAAGAAGCUAUAAGAAUAAGUGGUAUUCAGAAGGCCUAUAGAAAAAAAAAUGAAAACGUGGAAGCUUUGAGAAAUUUGUCAUUUGACAUAUAUGAAGGUCAAAUUACUGCAUUACUGGGUCAUAGUGGAACAGGAAAAAGUACAUUGAUGAAUAUUCUUUGUGGAUUGUGCCCGCCUUCUGAUGGGUUUGCUUCUAUAUAUGGACACAGAGUCUCUGAAAUAGAUGAAAUGUUUGAAGCAAGAAAAAUGAUUGGCAUUUGUCCACAGUUAGAUAUAAACUUUGAUGUUUUGACAGUAGAAGAAAAUUUAUCAAUUUUGGCUUCAAUCAAAGGAAUCCCAGCCAACAAUAUAAUUCAAGAAGUGCAAAAGGUUUUACUGGAUUUGGAUAUGCAAGCCAUCAAAGAUAACCAGGCAAAAAAACUAAGUGGUGGCCAAAAAAGAAAGCUAUCUUUAGGAAUUGCCGUUCUUGGGAAUCCAAAGAUACUAUUGCUAGACGAACCAACAGCAGGGAUGGACCCCUGCUCUCGCCACAUUGUCUGGAAUCUCCUUAAACACAGGAAGGCUAACAGGGUGACAGUGUUCAGUACUCAUUUUAUGGAUGAAGCUGACAUUCUUGCUGAUAGGAAAGCUGUCAUAUCACAAGGAAUGCUGAAAUGUGUUGGUUCUUCAAUUUUCCUAAAAAGUAAAUGGGGAAUCGGCUACCGCCUGAGCAUGCACAUUGACAGAUACUGUGCCACAGAGUCGCUGUCCUCGCUGGUGAGGCAGCACAUUCCUGCAGCCGCUGUGCUGCAGCAGAAUGACCAGCAGCUGGUGUACAGUUUGCCUUUCAAAGACAUGGACAAAUUUUCAGGCUUGUUUUCUGCCCUAGACAUUCAUUCAAAUCUGGGCAUUAUUUCAUAUGGUGUUUCUAUGACGACAUUGGAAGAUGUAUUCUUAAAGCUAGAAGUUGAAGCAGAAAUUGACCAAGCAGAUUAUAGUGUGUUUACACAGCAGCCACUGGAAGAAGAAAUAGACUCAAAAUCUUUCGAUGAAAUGGAACAGAGUUUACUUAUUCUUUCUGAAACCAAAGCUUCUCUAGUGAGCACCAUGAGCCUUUGGAAACAGCAAGUGUCUACAAUAGCAAAGUUUCAUGUCCUCACAUUGAAGCGGGAAAGCAAGUCAGUGCGCUCAGUGUUGCUUCUGCUUUUAAUUUUUUUUGCAGUUCAGAUUUUUAUGUUUUUGGUACAUCAUUCUUUUAAAAAUGCUGUGGUUCCCAUCAAACUUGUUCCAGACUUGUAUUUCCUAAAACCUGGAGAUAAACCUCAUAAAUAUAAAACAAGCCUGCUGCUUCAGAAUUCUACUGACUCAGAUAUCAGUGAUCUUAUUAACUUUUUCACACACCAGAACAUAAUGGUGACAAUGUUUAAUGACAGUGACUAUGUGUCUGCUGCUCCCCAUAGUGCAGCUCUAAAUGUGGUGCUUGCAGAAAAGGACUAUGUUUUUACGGCUGUUUUCAACAGUACUAUGGUUUAUUCUUUACCAGUAAUGAUGAACAUCAUUAGUAACUACUAUCUUUAUCAUUUAAAUGUGACUGAAGCUAUCCAGAUCUGGAGUACUCCAUUCAUUCAAGAGAUUACUGACAUAGUCUUUAAAGUUGAACUAUAUUUUCAAGCAGCUUUGCUUGGGAUUAUCGUUACUGCAAUGCCACCUUACUUUGCCAUGGAAAAUGCAGAGAAUCAUAAGAUCAAAGCUUAUACUCAGCUUAAACUUUCAGGUCUUUUGCCAUCAGCCUAUUGGGUUGGACAGGCUGUUGUGGACUUCCCCUUUUUCUUUGUUGUUCUGACUUUGAUGCUGGGAAGUUUAUUUGCAUUUCGCCAUGGAUUGUGUUUUUAUCCUGUAAAAUUUCUAGCUGUGGCUCUCUGCCUUAUCGGCUAUGCGCCAUCAGUUAUUCUCUUCACCUAUGUUGCUUCUUUCACCUUUAAGAAAAUUUUAAAUACCAAGGAAUUUUGGUCAUUUAUCUAUUCUGUGACAGCAUUGGUGUGUAUUGCAGUCACUGAAAUGACCUUCUUUUUGGGAUACUCAGUGUCAGCUGUUUUUCAUUACACCUUUUGCAUAGCCAUUCCAAUCUACCCACUCCUGGGCUGCCUGAUUUCUUUCAUAAAGGGUUCUUGGAAGAAUAUAUCAAAAACCGAGGAAACCUACAACCCAUGGGAUAGGCUUUUAGUUGCUGUUAUAAUGCCCUACCUGCACUGUAUUCUGUGGAUUUUCCUCUUACAACACUAUGAGAAAAAACAUGGAGGCAGAUCAAUAAGGAAGGAUCCCUUUUUCAGGACCCUCUCACAAAAGUCCAAAAAUAAGAAGUGUCCAGAACCACCAAUCAAUGCGGAUGAAGAUGAAGAUGUCAAAGCUGAAAGACUGAAGGUUAAAGAGCUGAUGAGCUGCCAGUGUUGUGAGGAGAAGCCAGCCAUUAUGGUAUGCAAUUUGCAUAAAGAAUAUGAUGAUAAGAAAGAUUUUCUUCAUUCAAGAAAAACAAAGAAAGUGGCAACAAAAUACAUCUCAUUCUCUGUGAGAAAAGGAGAGAUCUUGGGACUGUUGGGUCCUAAUGGUGCUGGCAAAAGCACAAUUAUUAAUAUUCUGGUUGGGGAUAUUGAACCAACUUCAGGCCAGAUAUUUCUAGGUGAUUAUAAUUCACAUUCAAAUGAAGAUGACGAAUCCACUAAGUGCAUGGGUUACUGCCCUCAGACAAACCCGCUGUGGCCAGAUAUCACUCUGCAGGAACACUUUGAAAUCUAUGGAGCUGUGAAAGGCAUGUGUGCGAGUGACGUGAAAGAAGUCCUCAGUCGAAUAACAAAUGCCCUUGAUUUGAAAGAACAUCUUCAGAAAACUAUAAAGAAACUGCCUGCAGGGAUCAAGAGAAAGCUGUGCUUUGCUCUAAGUAUGCUGGGGAACCCACAGGUUACUCUAUUGGAUGAGCCAUCCACAGGUAUGGACCCCAGAGCCAAACAGCACAUGUGGAGAGCUAUUCGAACUGCAUUUAAAAACAGAAAGCGGGCUGCUCUUCUGACGACUCAUUACAUGGAAGAGGCGGAGGCCGUCUGUGACAGAGUGGCAAUCAUGGUGUCUGGGCAGUUAAGAUGUAUUGGAACAGUACAACAUCUAAAGAGUAAGUUUGGCAAAGGCUACUUUUUGGAAAUUAAAUUAAAAGACUGGAUAGAAAACCUGGAAAUAGACCGCCUUCAAAGAGAAAUUCAAUAUAUUUUCCCAAAUGCAAGCCGCCAAGAGAGCUUUUCUUCUAUUUUGGCCUUUAAAAUUCCUAAAGAAGAUGUUCAGUCCCUCUCACAAUCCUUUGCUAAGUUGGAAGAAGCAAAACACACCUUUGCCAUUGAAGAAUAUAGCUUUUCUCAAGCCACACUGGAACAGGUUUUUGUUGAACUUACCAAAGAACAAGAAGAAGAAGAUAAUAGUUGUGGGACUUUGAACAGCACACUUUGGUGGGAAAGAACACAGGAAGAUAGAGUAGUGUUUUGAAUGUUUGUUGCACACUGCUUACUGACAUUGUAUUUAUUUAUUCUUUUUUAACUGAUUUUAAAAUUUUAUUACUUGAAUAGUAGUUGAAGGAACAUGGAAGCACUUGGAAGUUUCUUAAACUCCUUAAUUUAUAUGCUAUUGUUGUUUUGCUUUCCUUUAAAUAAAUUUGUGUGUAAUUGUCAA